UUUUGCCUUGUGCACAGGAAAGUAUUUGCACUCCUGCUAUUGUCAGCAAUGCUGCUCUUCUGUGGAGCUGGUGUUAAUACCAGGAGACACUAUGCACUUGGCUGAAGUGAUCCUUUAUUGGGCGUGACCAUUACAGUUUGACAUUAAAAAGACACAGCACCAACAUCAUGGACGAUGAUGAUAAUUCUCCUGCUCGGUUCACUGAUGACACAGCAGUGUCCAUUGUGUCUGUAAAAGGCCUGAAGGACAACUGGCAGAAGUGGUCUGAUAAUCACCAGGAGCACCAGAAGCAUAACCCCUUCAGUCACGACAGCAGAUCCAUGGCAGUGGUCCCUCAGAGGGGACAGGACGACUACGGGAGGCCCCUGCAAGGCUCGUUGACUGCACGGCGCGGGGAGGAUGCUCACACACACAUCAGCAGGGAGGUUGAGGAGCUGUGUGAAGUUAUAAAAAAGAUUGGGGAGCAGAGAUACAAAGACAUACGUGGCAGAGUGAUCACUGUAAAAUUUGGCAAGCUGUUUGAGCAUUACGUGACUAUCUCCAACAAACUGGUGGGGAUUCUUCUACGAGCCCGAAAGCAGAAGCUGGUUGACUUUGAGGGUGAAAUGCUGUGGCAAGGGAAGGAUGAUGAUGCUGUGAUUACUCUUUUGCAAUGAUCAACAAUGUACGAUUUGUUGUAACCACAUGUAUAGGCUGGAUUGGGUAAUGUCAUUUAAGGUAGCAUAUGCUAAAAUUUUAUUCAGCAAAGCAACAUAACAUAUAAUGCAACGCAAAAUAUUGAUGUAUAUGAGACCAGUGGUACCCAACCACCGGUCCGGAGACCGGUACCGGUCCGUGACACAUUUACUACCAGGCCACAGAGAAACUUUAAAUCAUUUAUAAAUGACUGCAUUUUACCUGACUUAACUCUCACCUGUCCCACUAGACACACCAAUAAGCUUGUUUAUAGAUGUACAAUAACACUCCUCAUAGUAAGUUGCCAUUUGUAAUAUUUUUUUAUAGCUUUGUGACAUGAUACAAUGCACAUUAAUGAACAUAUAACUUAUACAUGUGACAGAUUGUAGCCAAAGGCUGAUUUCCAUCUACAUUUCUUUGCAAAGAAACAAGCCCAGGGCUCCCACCAAUUCAACGUUAAAAGUGAGUUGUAUUUUUCAUGCACUUAUUUUUGCUGUAUUUAUCUGGCACAAGUGGAAAGCCGGUCCCUGAAAAUAAUGCCAACACUAAACCGGUCCGUGGUGCAAAAAAUGUUGGGGACCACUGCAUUGGACGAUACCAACCCUGCUUUAUAUAUUGUGGAAGCAGUGAAGAGCCAAUUGUUAUUUGCCAUGCAUGUGUUCCUUAUGUUUUGGCAAUGAUGUGGUUGAGUAAACAUUUUAUUUUAUAUAAAGUUGCAAAAAUGGUGCUGUAGGAUAGACUUCAUACAACUUACUUAAAAAACACAUUUUUAAAGAUGCUUUAUAACAACACAAUAUCUGCACUACGGGUUUGAUUGAUACACAUCCACAAUAUGACUGAAUAAAUAAAGCAAAGCAUAUUAAUGCUGUGUUUUUUUCAUGAUUGUGACCACAGGCAAUUAAGGAAUGACAAAUAGAAAGAGUGUGUUUAAUAUUUAAUUACAAAAAAGAAACCUUAUAUUAAUGUUUCUUAAAGUGCAUACAUUGACACAUAGAGCAGUGGUUCUCAAAUGGGGGUACGCGUAUCCCUGGGGGUACUUGAAGGUAUGCCAAGGGGUACGUGAGAUUUAAAAAAAAUAUUGUAAAAAUAGCAACAAUUAAAAAAUAUUUUAUAAAUAUAUUUUUUGAAUAGUACUUCAAUAAAAUAUGAAUGUAAAUUCAUAAACUGUGAAAAGAAAUGCAAUAUUCAGUGUUGACAGCUGGAUUAUUUGUGGACAUGUUCCAUAAAUAUUGAUGUUAAAGAUUUCUUUUUUUGUGAAGAAAUGUUUAGAAUUAAGUUCAUGAAUCCAGAUGGAUCUCUAUUACAAUCCCCAAAGAGGGCCCUUUAAGUUGAUGAUUACUUCUAUGUGUAGAAAUCUUUAUUUAUAAUUGAAUCACUUGUUUAUUUUUCAACAAGUUUUUAUUUAUUUUUAUAUCUUUUUUCCCAAAUAGUUCAAGAAAGACCACUACAAAUGAGCAAU